AUGUUCCCUCCUGGUCAGUCGGUUCAGCUACCGGGAGGUGGUGAAAUUGUACAAGCAACUGUAUCUGCUCCGAUAUUAGUGCAUGCAGAGGUUGAAGAGCAGCACGAUGUUAAUCCUGAUGAUACCACAGGGAGUGAACCUUCCGCAAGCAAUGUACAAAGCUCUUCGAAUGGAACCUCGAACGACCACCAGUAUGAUUUCAUUCCCCGGGACGAAGAAGGGCGUAAUAUCCUAACAGAGAUGGCAAGCGGUAUGACUAACGGCUUGGAUACCCGAGUGACGACAAUCCUGGAUGCUUCUCAUGCUCCUGCAUCUAUGCUGCGACCAGGAAACGGAGCCGGCGUUCUCGCACAUCUUGAAGCUCUUCUGCUUAAUUUCGCUACCCUCGGAGAUCUCGCUAAUAUGAUCAAUGUGAACAUGACUCCAUUAGAGUCUCAUCGCUCGCAUUUCCGAGCACACGUAAUUGAGAACCAGUUGAAUGGAAACUCGACACCCUCCGCGGAA